UCGAGGGCGGAGUCUGGAGCUAGUGCGUACGUAGACAUCUCUGGGAGUACAACGAAGAGCCUCCGAUCUUUUCGCCAAGACUCAACGAUCAUCAGUAUUAGCUUUCAUUAAGUUAUUUUUAUUUUAUUUUUUUUAUUUUAAAUCGCGUUCAAAUUGAACAAAGAAAACAACAACAACAAAAAACCAUGGUGGCGAAACAGAGGAUACGCAUGGCUAACGAGAAGCACAGCAAAAACAUCACACAACGAGGGAACGUGGCCAAAUCAUCAAGAGGCACACCAGAAGAGAAGGCGGCAGUAGGACCCUGGCUCCUGGCCUUAUUUGUCUUUGUAGUGUGUGGAUCAGCCAUUUUCCAGAUCAUUCAGAGUAUCCGAAUGGGGAUGUAAGAAGACGACCGGACCAUCAUCAUCAUCGCUUAACAUUCCUCUCUUCUCUUUUCUCACUCUGCUGGCAAGGAUCAUGAUCAACUCUCAGCUCUUUAUGUCUUUAUUUAAAAUAUCCAUAGCGGUCACCACAAUACUCCGAGCUCCUCACGUGCCUUACAGGAAUGCUGGAGGAAUGAAAAAUGUAAGAUUGAAAAAUCUAAGCCAUAUCUUACCAAACAUUCCAGUCUGAUGAAGACUGCUGCUGGAACUUUUUUUUACUACAGUGAUUCCUCAUAGAGCUGUUCUUCUUUUCCCUAAAGGACUGUUUCUAGACACCAUGAAAUGUUUUAACUCAGAGAGGUGCCAAAAUAUCAGGUCUCAAUUUAGGUCAGAGUAACUUAAGGAGAGUUAAGAAAGUUGUCCUGAACUGCAAUACAGUGAUGUAGAUUAUGUGGCGCUAUGCACCUUUUCGCAAUCCUGCCAGUGUUUAUUGCUCUUCGGGGCUUUUUCUUUUUGACCUUUUAUGUUAGCUGAAAUAAAUGAAGGUCUUUAAUGUCAGGUUUAUGUAUUGGACAGCAGCAAUUUGUAAAAUGAUGUUUUUUUUUGUUUUGUUUUUUUGCUUUCCACACAAAAUGAUCUUUAACAAUAAAACAGUGAAAUGAAA